AUGGCAAGUCGUGCGCCUAAUCCCUCUUCGGGAUCACGAAAGAUCUCCUUUAAUGUCAGCGAACAAUAUGAUAUUCAGGAUGUUGUAGGAGAGGGAGCUUAUGGUGUUGUUUGUUCAGCUUUGCACAAGCCUUCAGGGCAAAAGGUCGCUAUCAAGAAGAUCACUCCAUUUGAUCAUUCGAUGUUCUGUCUGCGAACACUACGUGAGAUGAAGUUACUUCGGUACUUCAAUCAUGAGAACAUCAUCUCCAUUCUCGAUAUUCAAAAGCCUAGAAAUUACGAGUCCUUCACCGAAGUUUAUCUCAUUCAAGAACUCAUGGAAACCGAUAUGCAUCGUGUAAUUCGUACUCAAGAUCUAUCCGAUGAUCAUUGCCAGUACUUCAUCUAUCAAACUCUCCGAGCCUUGAAAGCUAUGCAUUCAGCAAACGUUUUACACAGAGAUUUGAAACCAUCCAAUCUGUUACUUAAUGCCAACUGCGAUUUGAAGGUCUGCGAUUUUGGUCUUGCUAGAUCCGCUGCGUCCCAAGAAGAUAACUCUGGUUUCAUGACCGAAUAUGUUGCGACCAGAUGGUACCGUGCCCCAGAAAUUAUGUUGACGUUCAAAGAGUAUACCAAGGCCAUUGAUGUAUGGUCUGUUGGGUGUAUCUUGGCCGAGAUGUUAAGCGGAAAGCCCCUAUUCCCUGGAAAGGAUUAUCACCACCAACUCACACUCAUUCUUGAUGUUCUUGGUACUCCUACCAUGGAAGAUUACUACGGCAUCAAAUCUCGUCGUGCAAGAGAAUAUAUCCGAUCGUUGCCAUUCAAGAAGAAGGUCCCAUUCAAGACCAUGUUCCCAAAAACCUCAGAUCUCGCUCUGGAUCUCCUCGAGAAACUUCUCGCAUUUAAUCCUGUCAAGAGAAUUACUGUCGAGGAAGCACUGAAACAUCCAUAUCUUGAACCAUACCAUGACCCAGAGGAUGAACCUACCGCCAACCCUAUCCCGGAAGAAUUCUUUGAUUUCGAUAAAAACAAGGACAACCUCACCAAGGAACAACUCAAACAAUUGAUCUACGAGGAGAUCAUGCGAUAG